AUAUAAACAGAGGAACAUCUCUGUUCAGCUGCUUUAGGUCUAAUUUUACUGGAGCUGAACCGUCUGACUGAACUCGUCUCUUACAUCCUGAUUCAUCCUGAAAGCCAACAUUAUCACAGCAAGCUCGAUCUCCCUGCUGGACCCGUUCCUCACCACAGCAGUCUGUAGACCAGACAUGAUCUGUAUGAAGAUGACCGUGUGUGUGGUUGGUGUGCUGUUGCUGAUGACUGCUGUAACUUCUGCUGCCUCUGUCUCCUUAAGAAAGAUCAGUGCUGAGGAGUUUCCCCUGGACAUGGCUGAAAACUCUGUGGAUGACUCCUAUGAAGGCUGCAGAGAUGCCAUGGAAAAAUUAGUGCUGUCAAAGUAUAUUGAACAGGAAAGAAAGAAUACUCUUGGAUUCGAAAAUGCCUGGAAAAACGCACUGAAUAAAUGCUCUAAAGACAACACAUUUAAAAACCAGUGCGCAGCCAUUUACCUGUACACAGGAAAUCCUGAGAUAAAUAAAAAUUGUUCAUAUAAAGAAUUUAACGCUGCUACUCGUAACGGAAAAGCAGCUUACAAGUCCAACAGCUUCCAGUUUUACACGCUGUUUUUCUAUCUGACUGAUGCCGUUCAACAACUCAAACAAAAACAAAAACAGUGUUUAACCACAUAUCGCAGAACUAACGAUACAUUCCCAACAAACGUUCUCAAUAAAAACAUUCGAUUCGGCUCGUUCACCUCCACCUCUUUAAAGGAGCCUCCAUCUCGUUUUGGUAAGAAAUCCUGUUUUGAAAUGGAGACGUGUUUCGGAGCUGAUGUGACAAAAUACUCAAAAUUCCCAACUGAGAGCGAGGUGCUAGUCCCCCCGUACGAGGUCUUUCGCGUCACGAAGAUUGAUAAGAACACAUGGUGUGAGGUGGUUUAUAAACUCAAAAGCGACAAAAAAAUUAGAAGUGACCUUAAAUGUGCCAAAAUCAAGUAGUUCCAUCCUAAUUUAUCCCUGUCCUGCUGAUCACUGCUGUGUGGGUUAAUAAAUAAACAAUAUAAAAUAAAAUAAACAGAACAUACACUAGACAUACAAAUUAUCGAUUAAUUCAUUAAUCAUUAGUUGAUUGAUCUCAUCGAUCGACUUUCGAUUAACUGAUAAGCGGCGUUUUCACCUGAAUUUCAGUGUUUCGUUAGGGCCUUAAAAAUUCCAGCUAAAUAGUUAAAACACUGAGUUCAAAAAGUAUAUAUUAUAUUAUGAUAAUUAUAUUCCUCAAGUAAUUAUGCAUUAGGAAAAUAAAGCAGACAUGUUUUUUAUGGUAUAACAAAAUACAUUCUUUAAUAAAAAUAAAAAAAAGAAAUAAAUUAAGGACUGGCUCAGUUCUUGCAUUUGAAACAUUAGAUAUAUUUAAAAAAAAAAGAAUAGGAGAAAUUAAAUAGAGAGACAAACAGAAUAUUAUUGAGCCUAUAGAUCAUGAAGAAACUGCAUCUAGGCUAUUAAUUAGAGCCGUCCAACAAUCUGUUGUCAGGGCUACAGCAGUAGCAGCAGCUAGCUUUGUUUUUAGCUCACUCUUCUUUUUUUCGUAGCGAGCUUCGAGGCGGGAGGUUAUUGAUGGCCUCGAAGGAAUAUUGUAGCCUGGCUCUAGGAACGCAAUGAGAUCCUGAAAUCCUGUACCGUCAACUGUGUUGAUUGGCAUCAAAUCUCUCUCGAUCAUGCUGCUUAUCCUCUCUGUAAUGCCCUCCCCCCUUCUCUCAUCACACGCUCACCUUCCCAGUGUAGCUGUGAUUUUAGGUUGACCAGGGGCACUGGUGCCAUGCAAUAUGGCAUUACACAGAGAACAUUUGACUUCUUUGCCUACAUUAACAAUGUUGAAAUGGCCCCACACCGCUUCAUUUUGUUUUCAACCCUGGUCUCUCGAGAGACGUGUUCACCUCUCGUUCUCACGCUCUGUUCAAGUUACUACAGCAGCACCCUCUAGCAAUUAAUCGCGAGUAAUACAUUUUGUUUGAGCAACCUCUUGAAUCGACAAUUAAUCUAAAGUCUAAAUCUAAUUAAUCAUUUGCAUCCCUAACAUACACUGAUCCUGGUAUAUCGUCGCUGUCCAAUAAAAAAAAAAACACUUAUCUGCAAAACAGCAACUUUACAGGAGAGAAAAAAACCUUGUAAACUUUCAAUGAAAGUCAAUAUAAAAAAAGUUAAUUUUAGGUCAUUUUAAGAGUUUCUUUUGGUCUGUUCAUAAAUACAUUUUGGCACAGUGUAAGAGACAGUUUGUCUAUUCAAAUUAUGUAGUAAACUAAAAAUCAACAAAAAUGGAGAUAAGUGUUUUUCAUAGGACAGCGACGAUAUAGAUCUUAGUUAGAUUAGAGUUGAUCUUCUGUCUUUAAGAAAUUUAUUUGAUUUUUUUAUAUACUGCAUAAUAUUAUCUUACUGAUUUGCAUAUCACUUAGUAUAAGACUAAAUUAAUGUAAUGAUGUAAUAGAGGGUAUGAUUGAGAUAUCACAGUUAGAAGGAGGUGCUGUGGUUAUGCCCACUGAGUGGCAAAAAGACAGACUGAGUGGCAGCGUUAACGUUCAGUGUGAAUGAAUGUUUUGAAAAUACAAAACGUGAAAGAGCUGUUGUGUAAAAAUAAUCUUAAAACACA